AUGGGAUCAAGCCAGUCUAAGCCUUUCAACAAAAACACCCGCAGUCUGCUAAAGCUCACUCAAGAGCGACGCACACAUUAUAAACUGCUAGGCAAAAGCCCCAUUUCUGACGAUGAUCUCGAGACUCUUAUCCGGAAUGCGACCAAGCAUGUCCCUACUGCUUGGAACACACAAUCAUCCCGGGUUGUCCUGUUACUAAAGGAUGAGCACAAGAAAGUGUGGGAUAUCGCCAUUUCAGUCAUUGAGAGUCUAGUCAAGGCGGGCGCUGUUCCGAAGGAGAUGUUCGAAAACUACACAAAGCCCAAGCUAGAAGCUUUCAAAGCCGCUUAUGGAACUAUUCUUCUAUUUGUUGACUACGAGUCCCUUGAGGCUACCAAGGAGAAAUUCGCAAUCUAUGCAGACAAAGUUGACACUUUCGCCCUGGAGGCGAACGCUAUGGCCGAGUACCUCAUCUGGUUAUCACUUCAGUCUGAAGGACUGGGCGCAAGCCUGCAACACUAUAACCCAUUGAUUGAUGACCAAGUUGCAAAGACUUGGGAUAUCCCUAGUUCCUGGAAGCUUGAGGGUCAAAUGGUCUUUGGCACGCCAGGCGAAAAGAUCGAGGAGAAAGAGUUCGAUCCGAUUGAACCACGAUUCAGGGUCUAUGGGAAAUGA